ACCGACCCCACCCCUUUUAUAUCAGCUGAUUUCUGGCAUGCCUCUAAUUAUAGUAAUUCAUUAGGAGUAGUAGUCUUUAAUGAUAGUAUAAAAACUAAUGUAUUAGCAGGAAAAAUAGUGGAAAGGGUUACUCUUUCUAAUCCAUUUAAUAAUGGUGCUAAUAAUGGCAUUAAUACACCA